AUGACGAACCGCGUCGCAGUCAUCACCGGGGCGAGCCAGGGCAUUGGCGCCGCCAUCGCCCGCCGCCUCUCGAAGGACGGGUUCGACCUCGCCCUCGCCGACCUCGACAGCGCCCAGCCAGCACUACAGAAACUCAUCCAGGAGCUAGGAGGCAGGGCUGUGGCGAUCACGUGUGACGUGCGGAACAAGGACGACGUGGACGCCAUGGUCUCUGUGGCUGUCGCUGAACUUGGGCGCGUCGACGUGAUGAUCGCCAAUGCCGGGAUCGCCCCCGUCGGCCCGUUCCUCGACGUGACCGUCGACACAAUGGACAACUUGCAUGCCGUCAAUGUCCGCGGCGUCUUUCUGUGCUACCAGGCCGCUGCGCGGCAGAUGAUCCGGCAGGGCGGCGGCGGGAAGCUCAUCGCGGCAUGCUCGACCGCUGGGUGGCAGGGAUAUCCCGGUUUCUCGAUGUAUUCCGCGUCCAAAUUCGCCGUGCGCUCACUCAAUCAAUCCGCCGCAAAGGAGUUGGGCAAGCACGGAAUCACGUGUAAUGUCUACUGCCCGGCGCCGGUCGAUACGCAGAUGUGGACCGACAUCGACAAGACGCUCAGUGGCCACCUCGGCGGACCGCAGGGCGCCCUCACAGACUCCCGCCUCAAGGGUGCCCCCAUGGGCCGCCUGGUGCAGGCCGAGGACGUAUCUAACCUCGUCGCGUUCCUUGCCGGCCCCGACUCGGGGUUCAUCUCAGGAGAGAGUAUUGUCGUUUCGGGUGCGGACACGGUUGCGUAA